AAAAUAAGAGAUCCCCCUGUUUCGGCCUCAGGUAGCUGGGACGCUGGGACCCCUCCCCCAUAGAGUGAGCUUUUUUUUCUGGGGACGCUGGCCAGAGGGACCCGAGGACUCCAGGGACCGCCAGCCUCAAUCCCGUAGCGGGAGCCGCGCGGGAGACGAUCUGGAUGGGUGUCCAGGGCCCCCAGCCGCCCUCAGGAAGGAACGCCCCCAACAGCCUCGCCAGAGUGCCAGAGCCCCAUCCUGGCACACUGCGCCUGGGGUCGACGGGCGCAGGGCGCAGCUCCCCCCGGGAGCCAGGUGUUUGGGUCCCGGGAGACGCGGCUCCCGGAGGAGCACGAGGCUGAGGACCCUGCAGACCCCUGUGUGCCCACGGGCACCCCCACCCGCUGUCACCCCCCCAAGAUGGACUGACCCAGGCUACUGGCUGUGUGGACAAGCUGGAUACCAAGGUGAUGACAUCCCUUUGAGGACGCCCUCUGUGGUACUGGUUGACAGGCCACUGCUGCCCACCAGGCCACCAUGAACACCUCAGCUCCACCCGCCGUCAGCCCCAACAUCACCAUUCUGGCCCCAGGAAAGGGUCCCUGGCAGGUGGCCUUCAUUGGCAUCACCACAGGGCUCCUGUCGCUGGCCACCGUGACAGGCAACCUGCUGGUCCUCAUCUCCUUCAAGGUGAACACAGAGCUCAAGACAGUCAACAACUACUUCCUGCUGAGCCUGGCCUGUGCUGACCUCAUCAUAGGUACCUUCUCCAUGAACCUCUACACCACCUACCUGCUCAUGGGCCACUGGGCACUGGGCACACUGGCCUGUGACCUCUGGCUGGCUCUGGACUAUGUGGCCAGCAAUGCCUCCGUCAUGAACCUGCUGCUCAUCAGCUUUGACCGCUACUUCUCAGUGACCCGACCACUCAGCUACCGCACCAAGCGCACACCACGUCGGGCAGCCUUGAUGAUUGGGCUGGCCUGGCUGGUCUCCUUUGUGCUCUGGGCACCAGCCAUCCUCUUCUGGCAGUACCUUGUGGGUGAGCGGACGGUGCUGGCCGGGCAGUGCUACAUCCAGUUCCUCUCCCAGCCUAUCAUCACCUUCGGCACCGCCAUGGCCGCCUUCUACCUCCCGGUCACCGUCAUGUGUGCGCUCUACUGGCGCAUCUACCGCGAAACGGAGAACCGGGCGCGGGAGCUGGCAGCCCUGCAGGGCUCUGAGACACCUGGCAAGGGUGGCGGCAGCAGCAGCAGCUCGGAGAGGUCACAGCCUGGAGCUGAGGGCUCCCCAGAGACCCCGCCGGGCCGCUGCUGCCGCUGCUGCCAGGCACCCAGGCUGCUGCAGGUCUACAGCUGGAAGGAGGAGGAGGAGGAAGAAGAGGGCUCCAUGGAGUCACUCACAUCCUCAGAGGGUGAGGAGCCUGGCACUGAGGUGGCCAUCAAGAUGCCCAUGGUAGACGCCGGGGCCCAAGCACCUGCCAAGCCGCCCCCCAAGAGCUCCCCAAGCACAGUGAAGAGGCCCACUCGGAAGGGCCGAGACCGAGCCAGCCGGGCCCAAAAGCCCCGUGGGAAGGAACAGCUGACCAAGCGCAAGACCUUCUCAUUGGUCAAGGAGAAGAAGGCAGCCCGGACCCUGAGCGCCAUCCUCCUGGCCUUCAUUCUCACCUGGACACCAUACAACAUCAUGGUGCUGGUGUCUACCUUCUGCAAGGACUGUGUUCCCGAGACCUUGUGGGAGCUGGGCUACUGGCUGUGCUAUGUCAACAGCACCGUCAACCCCAUGUGCUACGCGCUCUGCAACAAGGCCUUCCGGGACACCUUUCGCCUGCUGCUGCUCUGUCGCUGGGACAAACGGCGCUGGCGCAAGAUACCCAAGCGCCCAGGCUCGGUACACCGCACACCCUCCCGUCAGUGCUGAGGGCCCGGCCCUUCACCGUCCCAAGCCCAAUCCUGGGAUUCAUGCUCCGCCUCCCGGACAGCCAGAAAGGCCCUGCCUGCUCUCCCAACCAACAGCAGCGGAACCUGGGGAACUGGUUUUUCAUUCCCUGCUGGGCGGGAAUGGACCCGCACCAGGAAAAGUCCCACAGGAGGAUCCAGGCUUUGCUCCCUGUUUGCUUAGGGCAGGAAGCCCAGGGCGGGCUGUUCAACUGGGAGGCCACGCCCCGGCAAGCCGAGCAGCAGGACUGUGGUGGGAGAUGCCCAUGCAUUGCUUUCGAGGCCACAGCGGGCACUGACGCCAGAUUCUGAGGUGAGAAGCUUGGCUCCAAGCACAGGAACCCCAGCUGGAAAUCCUUCCCCCACUCCUCAGGACAGUUCAGCUCCCAAGACGCCCCCAGGGCACCCUGUGUGUCACCUCCCAGGCACACAUCCCAGCAGCAGCAGGGCAAUGACUCCAGGGAGGAUCUAAAGGCUGGUGGCAGCUGUGGGGCCAGGCGCCAGGUGUUAAGUAUCCUGCUGUCUUCUCUGCCCUUUGUCCCAGCAACCUUGGUCCUUUCCCACCUGGCUUAUAGCCACCAUUGGGACUGGACCGCUCAGGUCCUGCAGCCCAGUCAGGCCCCGCAUGCCACCUACCACCAGUCUUGCCAGCCCUGCCAACCCUACCCUGCCCUACCCCACCCCACCAGCAACAGGUCCCCCCCUGAGUUCCUUCCUGACCAUGCAUGGCCUCCCAGCAGCCCUUGCCCCGGGCUGGCCCACGUGUUCUUUCCUCCAUCUCAGCAAGUGCUGAGUCUGAAUAAAGCUGCACAACCA